GGAGGAGAAAGAGAGAGGAGGAAGGGAUGGCGGGGCGGAUCAGGUGACAGCGGCGUCGGCAGCAGGGCAGGAGCAGCACCUGGGCUCGGGCUGGUGGUGUGUUCCGAGGCGGAGGCGGCCGGCCAGCAGGCAUGGGGAACCAAGUGGAGAAGCUGACCCACUUAAACUACAAGGAGGUUCCCACAACUGACCCGACGGGCAUGGACAAAGAUGAGGGACCCAGGAUUGGCGUCUCCUACAUAUUCUCCAAUGAUGACGAUGAUGUGGAGCCCCAACAGAAUGCAGUGGUUCCAGACAUCGGUGGAGAGCAUCCCACAUCGCAACCAUAUGACCCUCAGUUGCAUGAAGUAGAAUGUUCCAUCUAUUACCGCGAUGAGUGCAUUUAUCAGAAAAGCUUUUCUGUCGAGGAUGAGGCAGAUGGAGGCCGAGGCAGCCAUCUCGCCACGUACACCCCAGAAAAUCUGUUGAACAAGUGCAAACCUGGCGAUUUGGUGGAGUUUGUGUGCCAGUCCCAGUAUCCCCACUGGGUGGUAUAUGUAGGGGAUUUCCAGGUGGUCCAUCUACAUAGGUUGGAAAUAGUGAACAGCUUUCUAACAGAUGCCAGCCAGGGUCGGAGGGGGCGUAUUGCAAACCAACUGUACCAUUACAAAUCUCUUAGUCCGGCCACUGUGGUGCGGAACGCCCUGGAUCAAGUGGGCUGCAAGGACCGGGAUCUCAGUUGGAGGAACUCUGAGUGUUUUGCUGCCUGGUGCCGUUACGGCAAGCGCGAGUUCAAAAUCGGUGGUGAGCUGCGCAUAGGCAAGCAACCCUACCGGUUGCAGAUCCAGCUGGGAGAGAAACGCAGCCACACCCUGGAGUUUCAGAGCCUGGAGGAUCUUAUUAUGGAGAAGAGACGGAACGACCAGAUAGGGAAGGCUGCUGUCAUCCAAGAACUGUCCAGCCACCUGCAAGCAACUGAACCAGAACAGGACGACGGCCAUAACAAUGAGCCAGGUGCCCGGACUGUGGCAGAAUAGCGGCGGCUCUUGCACAACUGGGCUGCUUAGCCUGGGUGAUGGGGAUUAAAACUGAAGGCAGCGAAAUUGAGCUGUUAUAAGCCCUUUGGGCUGCUUUGGUGCAGCUCCACUCCAAUCACAUGUGAAGGGAAGGGGGAAAGCUGAUUAUUAAGUGUCAGUGCUUUAGCACUUAACCCCUUCUGUGCUCAGCAGAACCAGCAACGUUAAUUGUUGAGGGUUAAAACUCAGGGAGCUCUUCAUAACUCUCUGUUUAUGCAUAUGUUCUCCCCACCCAGACCCUCUUCACCUCCCCCAACUUCUCCUGCUGCAAAUUGGAUGAGUCCUAGCAGCUCUCGACUACAUAAUUAAAUUGCCUAGCUGGGAAGUUCCCCCUUUGCUGUUCUGUCCUCCCUCCUUCCUUUUUUACUUUGCAUUGGCAUUUCUGGAAUCUAUUUACUUAAGUUUAUUGGCUGUGACCUCUAUGGGGACCUUCCAGCUGGUGCCCCCCCCCCUUCCAAGGAUUUAAUGGCUAAAACACUGUUAACGUUUUGUAAUUGGGUUGGCCUGUUUACACUGGCUGCUUUUAAUAAUGUGAAACAACUUAGGCAGAUAUGAAGGUGUUGUGUUUCCUCUCUGUGGUUUUUCUGAAAGCAUAGGAACUGCUGGAGUUCCACCUCUGGCUUCUUAUGAGGGAUCUAAAAUCUUUUAGCAGAGGAAAGGUUGCAACUAUUGGUGGGAAUGAACUGCCACUUCUUGUUCAGCUGUGUUCACAAGAAGUGGUUUCAACUUCCCUUUGGGUGCCACUGUAAUAAUUGGUGCAGUUUCAUUUGAUUACUGUAAAGAUGGGUCGAACCAUAUCCACCAGCUUCACUAUAUUUUGCAAGCAGAUUGGAAGUUAUUUGAGAUGGCAGGACUAGGGAGGUGAGGGAAAGAGUUGAGCCCACAUUGGCACCACUGGUUAUAGCCACAUCGAUUUGUUUCAAAUCCAAGUACUGCUUGGGCACAUCUUAAGUUACUGCAAAACGGGAUUUCAUUCUAAACCAGCUUAAUAGCUUUGUGUCUUCAAAGAAUGCUAGGAAAUGACUACUCAUUUUGAGGAUCUUUUAGACUUUGUAUAGUACCAACAUUUCUGAUGACUCACCAAAGUGAAGCGGGUUGGUAGUGCAAUAGUAUCCUGAUUUAACUAAUCUGAGGUUCUUGAUUAAUGUGAAACAAGGUGACACUGCAAAGCACAUGCCCCUUUUAGCUUGUGGAGGAGCAGUGUGAGCUAUUCCAAUAAAACACAAGACUGGCCACUUCAUCACACUAGAGGAAAAAAAACCACUUAAAAUUCACUUUCUGCCUUUUGCAGAAUGCUGGGGUUUGUAGUUUAGUGGAGCUGUUAAAGGCUCCUCCCUAAACUACAAACCCCAGAAUUCUGCAGGAGGCAGAAACUGGAUUUAAAGUGGAUUUUUUUCUUCUAGUGUGAUGAGGCCCAGACUUUCCACUACAUAGCAAGGACUGUCCAUGCUUGUUGAGGAGUCCACAAAGUGCAUGCUUUCUGAGCACAGAUCUGUAAGGCUUAGGACUGAUCGGUGCAAACAAGGGCAGCCAUGCCUUCUGGGGAAGCUUAGGUAACCAAAGCCCAAGUUGCUCAGUGGGGAUAGACUCCCAGGAGACUGACUGUAGAGGCAGAAACUAGGCACGGGACAGGGCUUGAGCUCCCUGACCACUAAUAGCUUCAAGAGAGGUUGCUUGGCCGACUCUGUAUAGACUCUCACUAGCAUCUCUUUGGUCUCCUAGGAAUCCUGUUCUAGCCAAUAGGGCCACAGCUCUUUAUUCAAGGUUGUACACUCACCAAAGGGUUGAGGCUUCUGCCUUCUAAAGCCACAAGCGAAACAGUCUCUUGAAGAGCUACCAAAAGGAAUCUCAGAGGAAGUUAGCUCAAAACAAGCCUGAGUAUGAUGGUCGUCCAACUGUGGUUAAUUUGAAAGAAAAAUGUUGAAUAGAGGAUUGAGAAUGCAAUUCAGGUUACUUUUGUAUGAAGCAGUUGUUUAAUUUAAAUUAGGGAAGUUCUGCCUUCACCUGUGACAAGUGGAUUCCUCCUGAAGCCUUUCUUCUUGUCAAGCGAUAUUGUUGGAGGAAGAAAGAGGGAGCAGUUGUUCUCCUUUUGGCAGUAGAUUUGAUUAGAAGCUGUUUGACUAGUCUUGUCAACAGCUCGCGCUUGUGGAAUGAGAGUGAUGCAAGGCUUCCUUCGUUGUGUUUAUUUGAGCAUGACUUCUGGUAGUACAAUUGGGAAGGCCCUCGCUCGGUGGAAAAAACUCUCAUUUCAUUGAGGCUUAGGUCUGAGCCAUGUGUGAUGGAUUGCUUUUUGGUUGUUGGUUGAGUUUCUUGUUCUGGUUUUCAGUGAAUAGAAAUGUCAGCGUGCCUGUCUCUCUCUGUAUACAUGUUCUUCUCUUCACCUGAAUAGGCUGUUGACUUUCCCACUCUGAAUAAUAGCUGAUUUUGUGUAUGAGCCUAGGGUGAGAAGUAAGCAGAGGAAAUUAGUAUUUGGAAGCAAGGUGUUCAGAGUAAUUAAGCAGAAUAUUAGAAAUAUACUUAUUCAUUUUUGUUUUUACCAUCAUCUGUUGCCUGCAGUGUUGUUUACUUCACUGCCUGAUGCAGAAAAUGUAGUGCUUCUGUAUUGCAAAAUGGUUUUCAACUGUGAUUCUUGGUGUAAGUUGAAGCAAGUCCUAAUACCAGUAUGAGGUAUUCCUGGGGAAGUCAACAAGUCUACUUCAGAGUAAAUUCCUUCAGGACUAUGACUUGUCUGAAAUAGAAAUGAGUUCCAGCUAUUCUUAUGCUUGUUAUGAUUCUUAAAUGGAAUGUGUAGCAUAUGAGAAAUGGUUGGUGGUGAGAUGUCUCCUCUUGCUCCUUUUCAUCAAUUCUUUGGGUAGGUGGUCUCAGUUCAGUUAGGAUUACACAGAUUAAUUAGCCACUUAAGUCAAAUAAUUUCCAGAGUCUGAUAGUAACUCUUAAACCUUUCUCAAAGCAUUCAGAUUGAGGUUAGUGGUCCUACUCAAAGCAAGUGACUACUUCCAGAUGGGUCCUUAAUCUACUACUUCCAGAUAUAUACUACAAUCUGUAUGUGGAGAUGAAUUAAAUGUUAAGUCUUGUGCAGGACCGUUCCCCUUAAGAAUAGAUGUGGGGUUGUCACAUGAUUCCUUCUCCACAAAGAAAAAAAAAUCUCUCCUGUUCCUAGAAACGUGUAUUCCAGAAAUAAAUGCUACAUGAAGCCUGCAAUAAUGUCCUUAUGUGUACAGCAUUAGUACUGUAGAUACCCUUGGGGCACUUAGGCAUGUGACUUUGUUUUUCUCCUUCACCUGUUGCACCUUUAGCUUAGAAGUAAUACAAUCCUAGGAAAGCCUUGCUGCUUUGUUUUGCUGGCUUAUAGAAUCCAUGAACCUCAUAAUCAUCUAAUUGUUGAACUUCAAGGAAAAUCAGGCUUUACAUCAGGAACUUGGGUUUAACCAUGUUUUAGCCAUAUUCUUUUUAGGCAGGAGACAGAUAUCAGUACAGAAAUUGCUGCUGGGCUUCUCUAUUUUAAGAUCCUUUCAUGGAAGGAACCAUGUGCUGGAAAACAUGGGUUGGGCUGAAAGCACCAUACAAAUAUGCAUUUUGCAUAAUGUGCUUCCAGAUAUAAUAGUCAUGAAAGAGGCAUGCACCAUUGGGCCUUUCAAAAUGAAAUUUGAACAUGUCUAGGGUUCUCUCAGCACACUGACUCAGUACUACUGCCAGUGGCAUAUUUCGACAUAGUUUCUUUAAAGUAAUAUGAAUACAAGCCGUGUCUCUGUGUUGUGUGAAGAAGAGAACUGUAGGUGAGCCUUUCUCCUAUGCAUAUCCCUUGGGAAUAGAUGGGGGCUUGUUGUGAGCAGCGUUUCAGUAGUUUCCUAGGAUGUGCCCAAGCAGAAUGGAGGAAUCCAGAAAUCAGUGGAUGGCUUCGCUUAGUGGAAUAAUAUGUUUCAGGAUGUCCUAAUAAAAGAUAUAUGAUUCAGAGGUGAAAAUUCUGGGUGGCACAUACUUAUGUUGUAUCUUGUAUUUAGUUGCAAAGGUAACAACUAAUUGGAGGCAGAUUAAAGAAGGCAGAACACAGUGGUGGGAAUGUGAAUAUGUGUAUUCAAGAGUAUUCAUUCUCAGGCUUCCCUGGGGCUCUUGGCUGAAUGGUUUUUUCCCCCACGGGAUGCUGUAAAAUAAUGGAGGAGGGAGAGACAAUCACCAGGCAGAAGAAGUAGCUACCAUGGACUCCUCUUCUUCAGGUGUCUACCCUUUGCCUCUUUACUUAAUGGAAAAGGUAUCUUUGAUUUGUAGUCUAGGAUCCUCUUGGGUUGAGUACUCUCAUGAAGCCAAGGAAUC